AUGCUGCACCUCUGCAUUCUAUCCGCAAAGUCUCUUCUGACCCCAGGUCUCGUUGCGUGGUGUCAAUCUGCUAAAUUGCAAUCAUUUGCCGGUUUAUCCAUUGCAGCUCUGGCCAGAUUGAGAUCUCGUGAGAGGAGCAUUAGAGACCAUGGUCUUCAUACCCAUCUUCCCGAUCUGCUUCCAGUUUGGAACCGAUCAGAACCCAUGUCGCUGCAAGGUGGUUGGUCCGACCUUGGGGUUUUUCACGUUUCUCUUGGCUGGGAUCAUAUGCUGGCCGGCUUCGAUCUUCUGUGGAUGCUGGGCGACAAAGACAGGGAGCGAAUUGCUGGCAUAUCCGGUUAG